AGUGUCCCAGAUUUACGUUCACUAUGUUAUGUCUAGUCUAUGUGACCAGUCUGGAUGUCUAAACCACUUUUCAUUUCCUCGGUGUCUGCUAACUCACUGAGUUCUCUUAAAGUCGCAUUGCCAUUGCUCGAUUUACUAGGUAUUGCUCUGACUGACGCUUUCUGUAAUCUGUUCCCCUUUCUACUCCGCCUUCGCCUCUGUCCUGCCAAAUGGUCUCGUCUCCCGCGGGACACACCUAUAUCAUCACUGGGAUUACACCGGCCGCGUGCCGCCUCCCCUUCCCCGCCACUACUCCUCUCAUGCCCCGAUCUCACUCCCCGAAUAGACUUUCCGUGAUACUAGGAAUUGCUGUUUUUCUGAACUACUAUACGUGACAAAUUAACAUAGAUUCUCGGACAAAGAAAAGUGAUAUACAGAAGAAAGGAACGAAGACAAUGGGAACUAAUGGACAAUGGCAAUACAAGUUCAACUGAGUUCUGCGUGUAAAAUAAGCCUAUUUUACAAUUUUCUCAUAGAAGCAUUGUAGGCAUAGCUGUAGAAACAUACUAAGUAAUAAAAAAAAGAGGCAAACCUGCAAAAAUCCUAUUUUGCCAAACACCUGUCAUGAUUUCAGAGAAUUGAACAAACUGGACAUACCCAGCGCGCAUUCGCUCGUUUUGGCUACAUGAUACAAUUUUUGCAGAGCAAACCAUUCCCCUCCGCCAGCAUUCUAACCGAUGUGCUCGGCAUGCUCUGCUGAUGCCCGCAGGAAUUAUCGCAGGAGUUGUUGCCGUUCCCCAAACCCUUCUCAAACGAACGGAUUACAGACAGUACCAGCUAGAGAUCCUCGGUAACGGUGCCUGACUUUUGCUGGCCGGGUAGCUGCGCGGGACGAGAGAUGAGUUCCCUCCUCUCUACACUAGUCAUGUUAUCUGUCCAGGCUUUACUGGUGGUCUGCAGCCCCCUGCAGGUCUUAGCUGAUGACCAUGUUAAUUUCAGCGUAUACGUGGAGAAUCAGACACGGGGUCGAGACGCCAUGAGUCGCCGGCAGCACAGAGUGUACCAGCUGUACAGCAGGACAAGUGGCAAACACGUGCAGGUGAUGGGGAGGAGAAUCAGUGCCAAGGGAGACGAUGGGGAUAAAUAUGCCCAGCUUGUUGUGGAGGCUGAUACUUUUGGAAGUCAGGUGAGAAUCCGUGGUAAAGAGACCAACUUCUACCUGUGCAUGAACCGUCGAGGCAAGCUUGUGGGGAAGAAGGCUAGUAAUCGCAGUGCAGACUGUGUCUUCGUUGAGAUGGUGUUGGAGAACCACUACACAGCUCUGAUGUCAGCACGCUAUACGGGCUGGUACGUGGGCUUCACCAAGAGGGGGCGCCCCAGGAGAGGCCCUCAGACACUGCCCAACCAGCAGGACGUUCACUUCAUGAAGCGCCUGCCCCCCGGGGAGCAACCCGACCUGCAGCCCUUCCGCUUCACCACGGUCAGCAAGAGAAGCAAGAAAGUGAGAGGGACCCGACCCACAGCCACUACAGCACCUACAUAGUCAAUGCCACACAACAUACCCAAAUGACUCGACAACUGUCCUUCCCUGGGUGAAUUGAAUGUAAGGAGUUUGCUGGGCUGAACCCAGGUAAAGACCUAACUAAGUGGUGCAUAGUAGAGUAUGUGCAUCAAAAGACUUGGAGCUAAACAAUCUGACCACAUCAGGGAAGAUGUUUUCCUUGCCCUUUUCUUCCCCAUUCCAGAGACAGUGUUGUCUCAAAGACUGUCGAAUUACAAUGUACAGUGCCAACCAUUCUAGUUAGGCCACAAAGACAGCUAAACUCAGUGUUUGUUUCCAGAGGCACUAAAGUUGCGCUACCAAAGACAACUGAACCAUAGCGUUCAAUACCAAAUAUUCGUGUUUUCAACAUCCCAAAGACAACUGGUCAACUGUUCAGUACCAAACACCUGAACCACCAAAGGCGACUGUAACGUGUACCCAAGAGGGACAGUCAAGAUUUCUUAAUGCAUUAUUUGUAUGUUUGUCUUCAUAUGACUUAGGAGCUACUGUUCCUGCCUAUUCACUCAAUACAGAAAGCUGCUGUAACAUAGUAAGUACACUAUCUUCAGUCUGUCUCAUAUGGAAAUAUUUAAGGAGAAUUGUUGAAACUAUAUGCAUUUUAUUACCAUUGUUAUUAUUACAAUUAUUUAUUUAACUUGAUGGGAUGAUAGCUGUUUUAGACCAAUGGCAUUGCCAAAUAGAAUACAAAACAUAUGGUCCUAAAUGUUA